AUGCGAUUCAAGCGCAUGUUUAUUGCCUUUGCUCUCUUGAGAUCGACGAUAAAUGCCGAAACCAAGGGUAACAUGGUCAAAGUCGUUCAGCUCACUGUCGACGGACGCGCCGAUGAGCCUCUUGGCCUUGGCCAUUCUCGCCCAACUCUCGCCUGGAAAAUCAUUCAAACAGAGAAAUGCACAGAAUCCGUUUGCGCGGGUGACCUGCAGACCGCCUACAACGUUCAGGUCGCCGCGAGUACCGCCGAUCUCGAAGCGGGCAAGCUCAUCUGGGACAGCGGAAAGCUCGAUGGCAACCAACAACACCUGCGUUUGGGUCAAGAUCUCAGAUCUCGGGACAAGGCUGCUUGGAGGGUACAGGUCUGGGAUGCCUUUGGCAAACCCUCAGGCUGGUCAGACCCUUCCUCAUGGACUGCGGGCUUGCUUGAACAAGGGGACUGGGGCGAUGCUCGUUGGAUCGACUACCCCGAUCGUACAGAAAACCAGCCACUGCCACUAUUCGUCCGGCAGUUCUCUAUUCCAGGCGACAAGGAAGUCAUUGAUGCCCAUCUCUAUCUGUCCGGCGUCGGGCUUCACCACGCAACUGUGAACGGAGAGGAGGUUACCGAUGAGGUUCUCGCGCCGGGCUACUCUAAUUACCAGCUCUCAAGCGAAUAUCGCGUCUAUGACGUCAAGAAAGUCCUUCAAGCUGGAGCCAAUGCCAUUGGUGUCAGCCUUGGCAACGGGCCGGCAUACGUUCGUUCCACCGUGAAGAAUCCAGCUGUCGGGCGCAACGCUCCCUACGCGUGGUGGCAGAGUCAGUUGAAAGGCAACGGCACUCUUGUUAGUGAUGUGCAAGCCGGAGCCACUUCCGUUCAACUCAGUAAUGUUACUGGAUACCACUUGGAUGGCACUAUCAACAUCGAUACUGGCGGAGGCGGUGAUAAACUUGAAUCACGCGUUAUUACCGCUAUCGACAACACCACCUCAACCAUCAGUUUCACACCUGGCCUGACGCAUUCACACAUGACCGGUGUAAAAGUGACUGGAUCUGGUAACAAUAAGGCGGCCAGUGAUCCUUCAGCUGGCGCAGCUGUUACACCUCGUCUUAUCGCCCGUCUCGAAAUCAGUUACAAGGACGGUAGCAAUGAAAUAAUUGUGACUGACCGUUCCUGGCGCACUACACUAGGCCCGUUGGUACUCGACCUAUGGUACUCCGGCUCAGACUACGAUGCCCGCCGUGAGCAACCGGGAUGGAACCGUCCAGGUGCCAAUCUGAACUCGACGAACUGGGUCUCGGCAGGCCUUGCGCCCCCUCCGAAUCUGGCCACUGAACUUGUUUCUCGAGCCGCGGAGCCCGUCAAGAUUCAAGAACGUAUAACGCCCGUGUCGGUCACGAAUCCUGCUCCUGGCACUUGGGUGUUCGACUUUGGUCAGAAUUUCGCUGGAUGGGCUCAAAUCAACCUACCCGAGCUUCCGGCUGGCGUGGUUGUUAAGGUGGCGCCCUCCGAGUCGCUUAGUGCCAACGGCACGAUUGAACAAUCUUCGCUCGGCCCAGGAUCCCGUGGGUCGGACUUGUUCUACACUUACACCACCGCUGGUCGUGCCGGCGGCGAAACAUGGCAUCCAGAAUUCAACUACUUUGGCAUGCAGUGGGUUCAGGUCACUGGUCUCCCUGGCGGCUUCAAGCCCGGACCAGAGCUGAUCACCGGGCUUCGAUUACAGACCGACGUCCCAGUCAGCGGCACGUUCACAUCUUCAAAUAGUCGCAUAAACAGGAUUCACAAGAUGUCGCGAUACUCAUUCAUGAGCAACCUCUUGUCGGUGAUAACUGACUGCCCUGGUCGCGAGAAGCUGUCGUACCCUGCCGACUACACCAUGCCUAUGGGUGCCAUCUACCGAAACUUCCAUCUUGACGGCCUCUUGCGGACUAGCAUGCGACAUUUAGUGGAGGGUCAGUCAAUUGCAAACACUUCUAUGCGUGGCAAUGUCGCUCUCAAGACGCCUGUCUAUGAUUGGGGUUACACUGGCCGCUUUGGCGACGAGAUCAACUGGGGCAAUGCCAUUGUACUUGUCCCCUCGUUGCUCUAUGAUUUGUACGGCGACACCACGAUUAUGGCGGAUCAUUACGACCAAAUGACCGACUUCGUUGAUUACAUCAAACGCGAAAAAGCCCAAGGGUACAUCGUUGACGCGGCCCUCGCCGACUGGGUAGCUGACGACGCAUCGACAUCGGGCCGCAUCACUGGCACAUGGGGAUACUAUCUCACGAUCAGAGCAAUGGCCCGCAUGGCCAAACUGACCGGACACGAUGCCGACGCGGAAAGCUACACGACUCUAGCGGGAAAGAUCCACGAUGCCUUUAACGCUGCUUUCUGGAAUGACGCCAGCGGCCGCUACACAAACACAGGCAAUAAUGGAACCAGCAAUGCUACGCAGGCUGCACAAGCGCUUGCCUUGGACGCUGGACUAGUACCCGAAGAGCGUCGUCAGAGUGUCAUCGACGCCCUUGUCGAACUUGUAUACUCGUACCCGUCGAGCUCCGAUCAAAGGCCGCACUUGAGUGGCGGUCACUUGGGAUUGGGACCUAUCGUUAGAGCGCUCUCUGCGGCUGGACGGGACGACGUACUCUGGGAGACGCUGCAAGAGAACGACAAACCAAGUUACGGGUACUUCAUGGCUCCAACAAUAGCCAAUCCGGGUGGCUUCACUACAGUCGGCGAGAAUUGGGACCGAUCAGCAUCCAAAAAUCACAUGAUCCUCGCCCAGAUUGAUGAGUGGUUUCAUGCUGGCAUUGCGGGCAUUCGCACAGGCGCCCUCGACACGAUUAGCUCUACCUGGGAGGAUCGGCUUGUGUUCCAACCGAAGCCGGUUGGUGAUUUAGACAAUGCUGCGGGAACUUACCAGACGAGAUGGGGCGAAGCUCGUAGUGAAUGGAACAAGACGGCCGAUGGCAAGUUCGAGUUGACAGUCACGGUUCCGGCUAAUGUCAAAGCGGAAGUUCGCGUGCCAGUCGUUGGCGACAUACAAGCUUCGAGUCGUGCCACCUCUGUUGGAAAACGGGACGGCUACACUGCUUUUACCGUUCCUUCGGGCAAGCACAGUUUCGUGGGAACUUUGAACUCCUAG